AUGGAGGGCAUGCUGCUGCAGGCCCGAGCAUGCAAGCUGGGCGUCACCACUGGCAAACAUCUCGCCACUCAUUGCAGGGCCCAGUACUCCCCCUUGGUCCGGACAGUACUGUGGCUGAUGGCUGAGCUGGCCAUUGUGGGCUCGGACAUCCAGGAGGUCAUCGGCACCGCCCUCGCGCUGUCCUUGCUAUCUCGCGGCCACAUCCCGGUCUGGGCAGGCGUCAUCCUGGCCGCCCUCAUCGCCUUUGCCCUCCUUGUCCUCGAGAAGGCCGGCGUGCACUGGCUGGAGCGCACCUUCCAGGGCUUCGUGGCGGUCACCAUGGUGGCCAUGGGCGGCCUCUUCUUCAUGGCAGACAUCCCCUACGCCAAGGUGGCAGAAGGCCUCUUCAUCCCGAGGUUGCCGCGUUCCACCAUUGCCAUCGCGUGCGGGCUCCUGGGGGCGAUCAUCAUGCCGCACAACCUGUUCCUGCACUCUGCGCUCGUGCACUCCAGGCAAGCGCCUGGUCCGGGCGAGGCUGGGCCGCUGCCCAACGGAAAGAUCGUGUCGCGCGGGGACAGCAUCAAGUACUACAACAUUGAGGGGGCUGUGGCUCUCAUGGCCACCCUCAUCAUCAACAUCUGCGUCAUCUGCGUCUUCUCAGCCGGCGUGCACGGCCGCCCCGAGGAGGAGGACAUUGGGCUGGCCAAUGCCGGCGAGUUCCUGGGCAGACGAUACGGCAAAUCCAUGGCGAUUGGCCUCCUGGCAGCGGGCCAAAGCUCGACCAUGACGGGGACCUAUGCCGGCCAGUUUGUCAUGGACGGCUUCCUGGACCUCAAGUUGUCGGCCACCAAGCGGGCCAUGAUCACGCGGGGCGUUGCCCUGUGCCCCACCAUGCUCUUCGCCUUUGCCUCCCCCGGCAUGAUGGACGCGCUGAACCAGUGGAUCAACAUCCUGCAGUCCGUCCAGCUUCCCUUUGCGGUCGUACCCCUGCUGGUGCUGACCUCGGGGACAGGCGUUAUGCCCCCUGAGUUUGCCAGCUCAGCGCUCUCCACCUACUCAGCCUGGGCGGUGGCCCUGGUCAUCAUCUGCAUCAACUCCGGGACGGCGGUGGAGACCUUCAUCACGGUCCUCCCGCCCGGGGUCCUGGCGGCCGCCGGCUUCGCCCUCUUCGCGGCAACCUACCUCGCCUUCAUCCUCUUCCUGGCUGUCGGCCCCAAGCGCUCCGCCCGCCUGCUCCGGAUCGUGGGCUGGGGCGCCCGCGACCCGAGGCCUGCGGGCGGCGCCGGCGUGGGCGGCAAGGAGCCGGUGCCGGACUCGGCGGUGCCCCUGCUCGCCUACCAGCCCGAGCGACAGUGA